GAAAGGGAGGCCCAGACGCCGUUCCGCUGCUGCUCUGCUCCUCCUGCACCGCUCCUGCUCCUUUCCCUCCCGUUGUCACUGCUGUGGGACGCGCGUCUGCCGGAACUCCGUCGGCAAGCGGGUCCUCGAGGAAUCAAGCAGUGCUUCCACACACACACACACCCUUUUCCCUUCCGAUAUCCUCGCCCGGCCUUUCUCGCUAGAAGAAAAAAAAACACUAAAAAAAGGGCGUGAUAGGCCUACGAGCAAGUCCCCAGCCACACGAAAGACAUCAGUCAUGCAGCCGGAAACGUACUCUAACGACGGGAUGAGCAUGCCUUUGAAGAACCGGAAGGGGAAGGUGGAGAAGCCUCGCCCUCUCAAGAUCUGUACUUUGGGGGACCAGUCGAUGGAAAACGUCCUCUCAGACAUGGACUUGGUCGCCCAGUACCUCAACUCGGGCACCUACGACCGCAGUGUCUACCCCACCAUCGCUGCCCUGUGUGAAAACCUCAAGAUGUUUGGGCCACAGCUCGAAAACGUGUACAAAGACCAGCUCGACAAGUGCUACAUCUCUCUGCGGAAUGGGUGUAGGGACGACCGGCUCAAUCUUGCCGCAAGAUACCGUCUCCUGGAGGUCAUCGAGCUGAGGGCCAUGCACUGGCAGCCCAACGAGAAUCUCAUCAAUUAUUACAAGCAGAAACUGGUGCAGAUUGAGGCUGAGGAAGCUGCCUUGGACGACCAACAGAGCGACCUCUCUGGCCAGACCACCCCAAGCACCAUCAUGACCCCCACCAGCACAUCGCAGAUGAUGAUCCCUGGGCUGCAGCCUUACCAGCAGCCGAUCUACAACCAGCAGCAACAGCAACAACAGGUCCCCGCACAGCACCCACCCACACCGACACUUCUGGGGCCCGGGGAGAUCAUCAGGAACUCGGGGAAAUUUGCUAAGCCCACCAGGAUCCCCGGCAAGAACUAUUGCAAAGAUGAGGUCGUGAUUCGCAAUGCUGAUUCGGGGAAAGUUAUGGGGAUAAAAGGAAGAAGGGUGCACAUGAUCGAGGAGCUAUCGGAGACCAUCAUUUCAUUCCAGAGAGUGGCCCCUGGUGCUAGAGAACGUCUGGUACAGAUCACUGGACCUGCUGAGGAAAACAUCAACCAAGCUAAACACCUGAUAGAGGAGACAAUUAGACGCAAUGCAUCACCAGUGCGCGGGGACGAACGUGGCUCCAUUUUCAGCAGCAUGGGAGGGUCGUCGUCUUCUAUUUCAUCUCACACCUCGGAUGAAACUCUACAGGUACUGAGGAAACAACUCUCGCUUGAUGAAAUGGCAUUCAGUUCUCGACAUGCAGGCUCCAAAAGAAACACCCUAGUUCACAGCCAGUCGUUGGGAGAGGAACCCCUUGGGGAGUACCGCUACACAGUGACCCACGGCUCGGAUGCCUUGAGAAUCACAGGCAACAACCUGCAUCUUGUCAGGACAGCAAAACUGGUGCUUGAUGAAUUCUUCAAUGGAGAAAGGAAUCUGAACAAUAUUGCUGUCCUUCUGGGAACAGACACUCCAAGUGACUCAGCUAUAGAAUCCCCGACAACAGCAGCCCUGACAGGCUACCAGGGCCGCCAGCCAUCGCCACCCGUACAGACCCCAACGGAACUUGACCCAACAUCGGAUGGCAUCAAAGGCGUGGUUACUGUGGUGCGGCAACCACUCUUCCCCUCAUCGUCAAAAGAGGCCAUAGAAAGCGCAGAAAGCGGCAGCAAUCCCGGAGAUGUCAGUUCAAAGAACCGCCGCGCAUUGUUCCAGAAGACAAGUGAAGACCGUGCUACAAAUGGGGAUGACACGCCCUCCACUCCCGGUCCCGCCACAUGUCCCGCUCCCGAGGCCGCCGCGCCGGAACCCGUUCCUGCCGUUCCCGCUCGCCGCACCUACACCCGGGACUUCCUUGUGAAGUGUGCCGCCUCUCCCCUAAGCCGCCUCACCCCAAACAACUGGUCGCAAGUGGUGCGGCAGUCGCCCUUGGUCCUCAAGAAGAACUGGCAGUAUCAGGCAGGUGUGGUAGCGACACUGAAUGAACAGGGAGACGCAGCCCUCAAUGCAGUGCCGACAUACCUCCAGGCAAGUGACCUGGAGGAUGCGGCAGCCUUGGCCAAGAGGGAACUGCGCUGGACUCUGGUCAGAACAAUGUCCACCACUGAUGAAGAUGAUAAUGGAAACAACAGCACCUCCUAGAAGAAUGGUUGUGAAGUUUGUAUAUUAAAUAACAGUGGAAGGAAUUUUAUGAUGUGUUAUUAUUACUAUGUGUUUUUGUAAACAAAUAUAUAUGCAUACACAUAAGGUUUAUCAUGUGAAGUUGUCUUUUUGAUACAUUUCUUUGUCUCUGUCUUUUUGUGUCAUUUGACUUGAUGUCAAAUGCUAUUUUGUUUUUUUACUGAUCUGUUGAUGUUAGAUAUGUAUUGUAACGGAACUUGCCUUUUGUUUUUUAUUAAAAAAUGUACACAAAUGAUCUAAAAUUAAGCUACAUUAUCAAGCCAGUAGUGGAAUACACCACUAUCGUCAAUAUAUACAACAGGUUGAGAAUCUGUGUAUAAAAUAAAACAAUGAAAUUCUUUGAAUUACAAACCCAUAGGAAAUUACCUUCUACAUAUUCACCACAAAAAACAGCCAUAACAGAUCGUCAUUGGCUGGUUUUCCCCUUGAAUCUCAUGUCUCUGGGCAAUGAAAAGGUUCAGGGAUCCAAUUCAAAGCCUGGUUACAUACUCAGUAUUUCAUAGAUAUUUAUGAGGGAUUUAUAUAAAGUAUAUAUAUUUAUAUCAUGUCCUUUUUUCUGUUUGGUGGAUCUGUUGAAGCUAAUACAAUAUUGGGAACGGCUGAUUAUGUAUGGUAAAUAAGAGGCUGUUUGUGUAUGGUAAACAGAAUAUUUUUUUGUUACAAAAUUAGUAUAACAUGUACUGAAACCCAAUAAUAAAUGCUUUUGCAAAC